AUGUCAGUGUCAAUAUUUAAACCUAGGAGUAAUAUAACUCCAGUCAAUGAAACAGGUUUAAGCACAUCCAAUAAUAUAAAUCAUGAAUUAACUAGAAAUAAUUAUUAUUGUAUGAGUAAACUACCUGGUUUACCAUCAAUCUUUAAAUCACAACAAUUUCUUAAUGCAUAUUCAGAAUCAUUUUCAAAUUAUAGUUUAGUUAUAAAUGAACAACACAUAUAUGUAUGGCAAUAUAAUUCAUCUGAUCAUUCACCAUUAGCUAUACAAUUCCCCAUUGAAAAAUUUCAAUUACCUAUGGCGAUUUUAACAAGACCUACAAAUGGAAUUCAUAAUGGUUUACAACAUCAAGAUCCUGGUUUAAUUAUAAUUGAUUCAAUUAGUGGUUUAAUUAAAUUUUAUGAAAGUGUCCAACAUGCUCCUACUUUAGGUUUAAUUAAUGAUAAAUCAUUGGAAUUAAAUAUAAAUUUGAAAAAAGGUGAAGGUAUAACUUUGGCUGAAAACAUUGAACCAUCAGGUAUAAUAAUUGCUACAUCUCAUCAAAGGUGUAUUUUGAUUACAUUAAGAGAUUUCAAACACAAACCUCAUUUAUCCACUACGGAGUUGAUAAAUAAUGGAUCUGGUAUAUUUGAUUUUUUCAAUAAGACUGGUGAUAAUGAAAUUGUCGCUAUCAGAUCAGGUAAAAAGAUAUCAGAAAUUAUACAAGAGAUAUUAAUAUUGGAUUCAAUUGGUAAUUAUCACCUCAUUACCUUUAAUUUAAUUUCAUCAGUUAUUGAAUAUAAAAAAUCAUUCAAACAAACUUUACACAUUGAUAUUGAUGGGUACCCAAGUGCAAAUAAUGAAAUCAAAUAUCUUGAUAUUUGGCCAUUGGAAAAUUAUGAUAAUGUUUAUUUAGCAUUAUGUCAAAUUAAUAAUAGAGAUUUAUUUUUAAUAACUUUAAAAAUUGAUAAAUCGGGUGUUUUAUUAUAUGGAUCACAUAGAUUGAAAACUGCAAGUGCAGCUAAUAGUAACUCAAAACCAAAAUUAUAUUUACCAAAACCUUCAACAACUGCAUUUAUAAUAAUUGAUAAUUCAAUAAUUUUAACAGAUUUAAAUACAUCAUAUAUUGAGUCUCAAAAUACAUCAAUAACUUAUUAUAAACCAAGAUGGGAAGAUGUAGUGAGGUUAAAAUCAUCAGUUGAGAUUAUUGGAAGUGGAUAUGAAAAUCAAACAACUAGUCAAAAUCCAUCAAUUAUAUUAAUUACAAACAAUUUUGGUAUUUUAAAAUUGGAAAAAUUUCCAGAACAAGAAUCAAUAAGUAAAAAAGAUAUUGAUCCUAUAUUGAUAGUCAAAUCUCAUAUUGAACAAGGUAUAUUUUAUUCGUCUGCUUCAUCGGAGAUUGAUUUUGAUUUAUCACAAAAAUUUGAUAAUAAUACAAUUUUACAAGCUAUUGAAUUAAUUAAUGAAGAGAUAUUAAAUUCAAAAAGCUCUUACUUGCCUAAAAAAAUUUCAAUCACCGAGUUAACUAAAUUAAAAGUUAAACUAUUCAAAGAAUUGAUUAAUUACAUUUUAAGGAAUUUUGAUUUAUCAAAAGUCAUACCUAAAAUUGCCCAAAGUUUAGAAAAAGCAAACGUUGCAUUAAAUUUAUGGAAAUAUAUUGAUGAAAAUAAUUUUCAAAGUAUAUUUGAACAAGUACAACCACAUUAUAAAUUAUUUUUUAUUGAAGGUUUAUCUAAAAUCAGUGUUGUUUUAAAUAAAUUUAUUCAAAAGAUUGAUGAGUUAAAUAAACCUGUGAUUCCAUUAAUUAUUACUACCUUAUAUCAUGGUUUAUACAUAAAUGACAUUCAGUAUCAAAAUCAAAAUAAAUCAUCAUUAAACUGGCUUUCUACAACGGAUAUACUCAUGAGAGUUGAAGCUAUAUUUACAAGAGAGUAUAGCAAUAAAAAACAAACCGAUGAUGUCAAUGCUUAUUACGUAGUUGAAUCAUUAUAUUAUUUUUUCAAUAAGACUAUUUCAUGCAUGACAGAAACUGAUGAUUUAAAAUUAGACGAGUAUGCUCAAUUUUAUAAUUCACAUAAAUCAAAUUGGAUUGACAUAUUAUUAAAUAUUGGAUAUAUACUGCAAGCAAUUGAAAUUAGUGAAAAAUAUCAUGAUUUUGCAGCUUUGGCUAAAAUAUUAGAUAUACAACGAGAUUCAAAUUUCAUUGAUAUUUCAACUUACGGUCAAUAUUUUGAAGAAUAUGGUUAUGAAUUUGCUAGUCAUCUUUAUGAUUAUUAUCUUAAAUAUAAUAAGAUUCAAAUUUUAAUACUUGAUUUCACAAAUUAUAAACAAGAAUAUUUGUAUAGAUGGUUUGAGGAGAAUCCAAAGAAAACAAGUAAAGUAUCAUGGAUUAGAUAUUUGUUGGAUAAAGUAUUCAUUGAGGCUUCAAAUUCAUUAGUAUUAAAUGCAGAGAAAUCAAGAGAUAAUUUAAAAAAUCAACAAUUGAAAUAUUCAAUGGCUAAAUUGGCAUGUAUAGCAGGUGGAGAUAAUGAAAUUGAAGAUUUAAAUAAAGAAUUGAAAUUGAUUAAAGUUCAAACUAUAAUUAAAGAGAAAUUGGGAAUUAAUUUUAAUGUAUUGAAACAAGAUUUUUAUAUUAAGAAUUAUCUUAAUGAAAAUAUUAAAGAUUAUAAAAUUGUUGAAUCAUUUUUGCAUAGAUUUAUUGAAGAUUAUCAAUUGACACCAAGUGAGUUAAUAAAUUUAAUAAGUACUUUUAGACCAAGCUUGAUUGAUAAUUUUGGUGAAUUGGCAUUGAAUGUUGCUAAAUUAAUAUCAAAUGAAAAUGAAAGAAAAUUUUAUAUUAAAGUUGUAUUUACUAAAUUAUUAACUAUUGGAGAUAAUGAGAUAAUUACAAAUGGAACAGAUGAGAUGAUAAAGGAAAGUAAUAAGAAAACAUCAUUAUAUAAAGCAUUAGUUAAUCAUCAUGACUUGCUUGAUUUUUGCAAAUUAUUUAUAAAUAAUCCUAAAUUGAAUGAUAAUUACGAAAUUGAUACCACAAUUAGAGAAUUUAAUGAUGUUUUAUUAAAACAAUUACAAGAUAAAUUUAAAAAUGAUAAAAAGUUUAAAUCCUGGGUUGAAUCAAUUAUUGAACAAAUAAAAUUUAGUAGCUAA